ACGGCACCAACUCGUUGGUCGCGCGCCGACGGCCGUGCUGAGGCCGUGCUCGGUAUUUAACGGCGGGGACCGGCGGCGGGCGGCCACCGGACCGGCGGCGGACCAGCGGGGCGGCCACCGGACCAUCGCCGGACCAUCCCGGACCAUCGCCGGACCAUCGCCGGACUGGCUGGUGGCAGCAUGACUUCAAGCCAGACGCGCGCCGGGCUGCUGGUGGCUGCCGCUCUCUGCCUCACCAGAAUCGGAUGCUGCACGAGCCUGGAGGUCCAUGACGAUGGUCAGAAGGAGCCGGUCCCGCUGGGCGCCCAGACCCUCCUGCGGCGACCUCUCUCCUCUCAGAGGGACUCUCAGCGGCAGUCUACCUGGACCGCAGGAGACGACACCAAGUGGAGGGUGGCACCCGGCGACCGGGACAGGGCCCGCGGAGCCCUCGGCCAGGCCCUCGGAGCCUUCCCUCCCGUCCGGAGGGUGGCCGUGGCACUGAAGAAGCGCCGACCAGAGAUGGACUCCAGCGGAUUUUAUGGGGACACCUUCAAUGGAGGCCUGGGCUACUUCGACACAAUGAAAAGGAGACCAGAAAUGGAUUCUAGUGGGUUCUAUGGAGAUACGUUCAACGGUGGAAUGGGAUACUUUGACACGAUGAAGAAGAGAAGGCCAGAAAUGGAUUCCAGCGGAUUUUACGGAGACACAUUUAACGGUGGAAUGGGCUACUUUGACACAAUGAAGAAGCGAAGACCAGAAAUGGAUUCUAGUGGGUUCUACGGAGACACAUUCAACGGUGGAAUGGGCUACUUUGACACAAUGAAGAAGCGAAGACCAGAAAUGGAUUCUAGUGGGUUCUACGGCGAUACAUUCAAUGGCGGUCUUGGCUAUUUCGACACGAUGAAGCGCCGGCUUACCAGUAAGCGUCGACCUGAGAUGGACAGCAGUGGCUUCCAUGGCGACGUCUUUUCUAACGGCUUUGGCUUCUUCGACACGAUGAAGCGGCGAGCAGCGGAGGCUGGCUCGGACGAGGAUGGUUCUCCCGGUGGUGCGGGACCAGAGUUUGACGCCAUCAAAAACCUGCAGUCGCACCAGACUCAGUCGAAAAUGGCCGAUGGAGAACAGGGCAACGGAUCGGAGAUCCAAGGUGGCCGGUUUUUCGGCGCGAGCAGGGGCGCUCUCGACGCCAAGCGAUAAAAAGUGGCAACAGCGCGGCGGCCCCGUCCAAAUCGGGUUGAAGGUGUGGCGUCAAUAACAAGAUCGCCACCCCGCCAAAGCGUAGUGUGGAGUCUAUGCUGAGGAUUUCCAGAUCCUUUCCCUGGACUGGAAGUUGCAACAACAUCAUGUGAAUAGCGCGAGGAUGCCGGUACCGACAGGCGACAGCAAAAGGCAUGCUACCACUCAAUAUUCAUUUAAUCGCUACGUAAUUUUCUAUUGCGUGCUACAGAGCGUGUCAAAUAUUGAUGUAAAAAUGUUUUAAAAAGAAGACGAAGAUGCACAGGAUCUCAUUGUUAUUUCCAAGAUCAUUAUAUGUUGCAUUACCCCGAGAAAAUACGUCGUGAAUUCUCAUUCGAAACUAGUAAAUGCAUUCGCUCAACUC